AUGUCCACUACCACUUCUACCCUUAAUGUUCGAGGAGAGUUAUCAGCAUGUAACAAUAUCCCAUACAGCAAAUAUUUUAAGAUUUGCUCAUAUGAAAAUUGGUCUCUCGACCAUUACGUUUCUCUUAUAAUUGAUAAUUAUAAGUUUGCUGAGAAAGAUAAUACACAUUUAUUAUUUUUUAGUACUCUGCAAAAUAUUAAUAAUGAUUUGUGUGCUUGUACCUAUUGGAUACGUCUAGUAGGAACCCAUGCAAAAGAUUUUUCUUCGAAAAAACCUAAUAUAAGUUGCUUUUGUCCAGAUGAAGAUAUACCUUUGCAAGCUAAUGGUUCAAAUAAUUUGUUAGUAGAUUUUAAACAGAAUAUGAAGGUCCCUCGAGAGAGUACAUAUGAUGCUGAGAUGUAUAGAAUACUAACAAAUUGGCUUGCAAAGGUAUAUGGAUAUGAAGUAACUUGUGAUGAUGGUGAUUAUCACCAUUUUUAUUGUGAUUUAACGAUAAAAAAAGCCGAUGUUCCUAAUCCUGUAGCUAUAAUAGAAAUUUUAGCCAGUGGUUCUGUAUGGAUCGUUCAUUUUUCUAGGGAAGAUUCCAUAAUAAUGAAUCAAUACUGGCCUGAUCAGAAAUGA